AAUGAUGACAAUGAGGAAGAAUAAAUGUGGAACGAGAUGCUUAAUAGCGUCAUUCAUCAAUCAAAUGUGAUGAAGCAGGUUCCUCGACCAUGUCGAACUAGACCAUUCUCUGGUCAUAUGCUUGUGGAAGAUAUGUUGGCUGGACAUCCUGAGCGUUCAUAUUCUUGCUUUCGAAUGAGUUCUGAGACAAUUCUUUUGCUUAAAAAUGAUCUAAUUGAGAAGAAUGCUUUAAGGCCAACUAGAUAUUUAAACUGCAAUGAACAACUUUGUAUAUUUCUAUACGGAAUUUCGCAUGCUCUUUCAAACCGAAUAUUAGCUGAGAUAUUCCAACAUUCAGGAGAGACUAUUAGCAGACAUUAUAAUAACGUGCUUAAUGCUAUUUUAUCUUUAAAACAAGAUUAUAUCCAGCUUCCCACCGUUGACGUAGACGUUCAUCCUAAGAUUCGAGAGAAUCCUAAUUUCUUCCCAUAUUUUAAGAAAGCAUUGGGAGCAAUUGAUGGAUCUCAUAUUCCUGUAAUUGUGAAGAAAAAGAAACACAACAGAUAUCGUAAUCGAAAGAAUUUUAUAUCUCAAAAUGUAAUGGCAGCGUGCUCCUUUGAUCAUACUUUUCUUUAUGUGGCUGCUGGAUGGGAGGGAUCAGCAUCUGAUAUGUCAGUUCUUCGUGCAACACUGGAAGAUGGUAAAUUUAAUGUUCCUGAAGGUCGCUUUUACUUAGUUGACUCAGGAUAUGCUAAUACUUCAAAAUUUAUCGCACCAUAUCGUGGAUCACGCUAUCAUCUUGGAGAUUUUGCAAAUGGGACCACCAGAGCCUAUCGAGAUACUAAAGACAAAUAUAAUCAUAGGCAUGCACAACUACGUAAUGCAGUGGAAAAAGCAUGGGGAAUUUUAAAACAAAGAUUCAAAAAUUUGAAAGUUGCUGCUCCAUUUCCUUAUAAAACUCAAGUCAAAAUCGUGGUAGCUUGUUGUGUUCUUCAUAAUUUUAUUGCAAGGCAUCAGGGAAAUGAUAAAUACUUUAAUAUGCUCAAUGGAUUAGAGAUGAAUGAGGAUGAAGAUGAGGUGGAGGAGGAAGAAGACCAUCAAUACAUGGUUGGUGCAGACGAAAGUUUAAGGGGUGAGCAACUUCGUAACAGGAUUGCUUUGCAGCUCUGGAAUAAUUAAAAUAUGUAAUAGUCGAAUAUUGAAUUAUAUGGAGGUUGAAUUAUGUAUUUUACUAUCAUUAUAUGAGCAAAACUUGUAAUUUUAUGCAGAGAUAUCUAGUAGAUUGUUUUUCC